AUGUCCAACAGCGAGCAGCUUGCCGAGCUCAGCUCUUUGGAGGCCAUCUAUGAUGGAAGCCGGGAAGUGGUUUUGGAGCUGCCGGACCUCGGAAAUGUGCCGGACGAAGGAACCUCCUUCCAGGCGAAGCUCCGUGCUGUGAAUGUCGAUGUCACCAUCUGGCUGCCCCCGGACUACUUGGCGGACGAUGGCGGGACGACGCUGCCGCUCUUCGAGCUCAGCUCCGGGAUUUACCCACGAAAGGUCUUGGACUCCUUCGCACAGGAGCUGCAGUCCCUUGCUGAGCCGCUCCGUGGUUCGCCGGUGCUCUUCUCCUGGCUGGAGUGGCUGCGGGUCGAUGCCCGCACUGCCUCCUCGUCACAGGGGGCUGCAGCACUGGAGGGCCGAGAGACCGACUGGGAGGAUGACUUCGAGAAUGACAUUCCGACGGCUGACCCUCAGGAAGUUGCAAAGUCUGCCAACUGUGAGAGCUGCUUUGUGCUGCUGGACAAAGUGCCGCGAGUGCAGCUCAAGUCAUGCCAACAUUCCCUUUGUCCCCAGUGCGCGGGUAUGACCUCACAAGUCUUCGCUGCCAACAAGCUCAAGCCGCACUGCCCUCUGGCCAACUGCCGGGCUAAUGCACCAGAGCUCAUGGAGUGGACCGGAAUGCCGGAACUUUGGGCGACGGUCUCCAAGCGCGUGCUGUCCUCGCCGUUCAAGGACUCCAUCGUGUUCUGCCCAAGGUGUGAGGAUCGGGGCAUGGACAUGCCCGUGGUUUCCUCACUGGAUGAUGGUCAGGCCCCGAACCCUGCUCGUCGCACCGUCCGAUGCUUCCAGUGUAGUCACAUCUUCUGCGCCAUCUGCCGCUCUCCGAGCCACUCCAGCUCCUGUUUCGACGACCCCAGCUGCGUGGUGCGGAUGGCGAAGCGGCGCCCACCCCUGACGCCCGAGCUGGCCGAGAAGGCGGCCCUGAUGGCCGCGGAGAUCAGGGAGGAGGAGCUGAAACGGGAGGUGGAGGGUUUAGCCUCGCUGCGGUCGGCAGAUGGCUUUGAGAAGUUCCGGGAAUGCUUCCUCCAACUCCACCACAAAGCGAUCAUGAAUAGCCUGGCCUGCGAGUUCGGCAGCGGGGUGGAACUCCGACCGACGCCUCUGGCGCGCGACGUGCAAGACCGGUUUAUGUUCGCAAUUGACUCGGCCCGCAUCAAGCCUGCAUUCCAUGGCACGGACACGAAGAACUACCCGUCCAUCUUCUCACGGGGCCUGCUCAUCCCUGGCAUGAAGAAUGAGAUUCCAGUGGCACAUGGUUCUGCCCAUGGCCUGGGAAUCUACACGGCAAACGUUGACGCAUGUUGGCUGUCGAGGGGCUUCUGCACAGCGGACUCGAUGCUUGUGUGCGCUGUGCGGCAGGACCAGAUGGUGAAGUGUGUCGGGGACGCCAUGGUCGUUUUCAGCCCGGACGGCGUGGUUCCCUUGUUCGAGAGCUACGUGCCACCGUCUUGGAAGAGCAAUACAAGUUGGGCAACGGCACCAGCGCUCCAGCAGUCCCUGGGCAAGCAGGCCUUUGGCAAGCCCGCGCAGCCUCCUCCUGCCAAGCCUGCGCAACCUUCACCUGCCAAGCCCGCGCCGAAGAAGAGUAAGUUCCUGUCGCGCCUGGCGGCCAAGAGCAAGAAGCACUGA